AUGGAGUGGCUUGACAUUCGGCAAGCCUGGUGCCAAUUUCUUUUAUUUACUUACAUUUUACCAAAUGAGCUGGAACUGAGAGCCAGUGGGAAGGACCACCCUCCACCUCCACCUCCACUUCCAAGCAUAAAGGUUAGCGGGUCGAGUCAUCAAGGAAGCAAAAGUGGGAGAUGGCCACUGCUGGAGGCAGUUGAAAGUUGGCGCAGGAAAAAGUUAAAAGAAGCCAGGAAGCUUAUUAAUAGGAAGACGUCAAAUUCAACUAUUGCCCCAGAGGAAGCUAGUGUACUUGCACAAGCUUUGGAUGUUGACUGGGCUGAUCUUGCAGAAGAGAUUGGUCUUUGGAUACCUGUUGCAGUAAUUAAUAAGGAACGUGAUGACAAACCUGAGGGUGAAGAAGAAUUUGACAAUGAAAUUAUAGCUGGCAGGCGGCUUCCUCCUGAGUGUAACGUUGAAUUUCAUACUGAUUACGGUGGCGAUGCAGUCAGGUGGGGCCUAACCCACCCAAAAGAAUCUGCAUAUGAGUGUUGCAUGGCCUGUUUGAAUCAAGCUAAGAAUGCUGGACGUAAUGACAAGAAAUGCAACAUAUGGGUUUAUUGUCCAUCUGAGACAGGAUGCCAUUCUCCGGAUAUUUAUCAACACAAACAUCAGGAGUGCUGGCUGAAAUAUGCAGAGAAACCUAAAACGACUUUUAAGGACCGGUAUUCGGAAUCAUACAGAAAUGCCCACCCAAAUGCACCAGUUGUUGUUCCAUGGAUGUCUGGUAUUGUCAGUGUAUAAUUUCCCGCUAACAAAAUAUGGUUACCAAGUCUUGAGGCCUUGGUGCUUCUACAGUUGUGAUGUCGUAUAAGUUCCACGUGAGGCCACUGUAUCUUGAGAUAAUUGUGCAAUCAGUAUUCAUGAACUGCAGUUUCUAAGCACAGCUGCUUCUCUUUUUGUCAUGAAGCUUGGAACUAGAGUGUAACAUUCUUUUGUAUCACAUGGUGGUUAGAGUGGUACUGGUAGCUUUAAGUUAGAAAACUGACUGACUGACUGCCAAGGAUAUGUGGUUAAAAUAUUUGAAAGCUUUUUAACCCUGCCCCAUCUUUUUUCACCUGCCAAGGAUAAAGUUAUUACAUUAUUGUAUUGCCCAAAAGGUACCACGUAUUGGUAUCAGAUCAAUUAUGCCUUUCAAACAAUAAAUUCGCUUACUGCCA